UGAUGUCACUUCCGAUAAGCGGAUGUUGUUAUUUUCUCCCUUUGUAAGCUAAAUUAGCAUUUUCCUCAUUUGUGCUCUUACAUGUUGAUGUUUUCAUUCCCGUAACGACAAGCGAGAGUGAAGGUUCCCGCCGCUGAGAAGAAUAACAGACCAAACAGCCGUAUCAUGUCUGCAGAGCUGGACCUGUCCCCUCCAGAGGUCCCUGAGCCAACCUUUCUAGAGAGCCUACUGCGGUAUGGGCUGUUUCUGGGUGCCAUCUUCCAGCUCAUCUGCAUCCUGGCCAUCAUUUUCCCCACAUCCAAGGGACAUGAACAGGAGGAGACGGAGUCCACUGAUGGCAAGGCAACCGAACAGAUGAAGAAACCUAAAGGACCAGCACCUCAGAUUCGACAGAAACCAAAGAAAGAAAGCAAAAAGAAGCGAUAGAUAGCACUGUUUGUGGGUAUUCGUGCAUUGUUACCUGCUUGUGUGAAAGUGUAUAUGUAUAGUCAUCAGUGAGUCAACAUUGGCAAUUACCAGUGCAGUUGUCACUACAGGUAUAUGAAACACUAAUGUCAUAUUACAGCAAUAACAAAUGAUGUGCAUUUAAUUUGAGACACUUCAUAAUGCCCUUCAACUGUGUAUCUUACUCACAUUCAACAUAGUAUUACAAAGAGCAAAUAAUCAUGGCGUUGCUGACUGUUUAUGCAGCUACGUAUUUUAUUGGGCACAUUCGUUUUGCAUUUAUUUUCUUUUAUAAUUGAAUAUCAUUGAAUUGUAUUUGCAUUACAAUAACAAAUAAACACAUUGAGUUGUCAUUCACCA